AUGAGGUACAUGGCUGACAGUAAAGAUGGAACUGAUGAUGACGAUGAGAUCAAUGUUGGAAAUGAGUCUGACGAAGAAUGUCCCGGGGGGAUUUUUAAUGACGACCAAGAAUGUGGGGAUUGGGGUACAUAUUGGGCAGUAAACCGAGACAACAUUAAUAAUGAAGCUGAAAACAAUGGAAGUGAUUUUGCCGAAAGUGACGAUGGGUUAGUAACACCAUCAAGUAGUGACAAGGAUGACCUCAAGAUUAGGAGCAAUCACGAGGAUCUCAAAUUUGUAGUUUGUAUUCAUUUUACUACUAGAGAUCAAGUGAGGAAUGUUGUACAACAGUGGGCACUCUUGAAUGGACACAAUAUGGGGUGGGGUAGGAGUGCUUCUGAUAGGGUAGAGGCUAUUUGUAGCGGUGAUUGUAGUUGGUGGCUCUACGCAUCGAGGAUAGGUGGUGAGAAAACAUUUCGGAUAAGAAGCGUGGAGGAUUACCAUACUUGUCCAAGAGCCAUGAUUAAUAGGCAAGCUACGGCAGAAUGGGUUGCAAAAGACUUUAUUCAGAAGUUUCGGAGAAAUCCCAUGUAUGCACCCAAAGAUAUAAUGCUUGACAUCAAGGAGAAAUAUAAUGGCUUAAUUGUCUCACGAUUAACCUGCUAUAAAGCAAGGGACAUAGCCAUGGAGAUUACUAGGGGGUCUCUUGAAAGCCAUUAUGCAACGUUUAGAUCGUAUGAUACUGAGUUGAAAAGGGUUGAUAGGGAGGGACUGUUUAGGUUUUAUUUCAUUCAUAAUCCAGACAAUGGGGCUCCCAUAUUUCAGAGAUAUUAUGUGGGAUUUUCGGGCCUAAAGAAGGUUGUUGGAGCGCUACUUAGCGCGGUUGCACGUGACGGGAAUAACCAUAUGUAUCCAUUUGUCUGGGCCAUAGUUGAAGCUGAAAAUAAAGAAACGUGGACUUGGUUUAUACAACUAUUAAUGGAUGAUCUAGGCUAUGAUGAUGGAUUUGGGUUGUCAUUGCACAAAAACUGUGCACGCCACAUUUAUGCCAAUUGGAAGAAGAAUCAUAAGGGCCCCGAGCUGAAAAGGAUUUUCUGGAAUGUUGUGAAUGCUACAAAUGAGUUCGAGUAUGAGGCGCACCUCAAAAUGUUAGAAAAAGAAAGUCCAUUGGGACAUACAAAUUUAAUUAAGCAAAGACCAACUGUUUUUUGUAAGGCAUUUGUGAGAAUGAGGCCAUUGUGUGAUGUAAUAACCAGUAAUUUGGUGGAGACUUUUAAUGGAUACAUUUGCAAGGCUCGACAGUUGCAAGUCGUCCAUAUGCUUGAAGAGAUUCGAACAACAUUAAUGGAACGAAUAUACACAAAGAAUGAAUUAAUGUUGAAGCAUCAUGAGGAUCUUUGUCCUGGAAUUAGACAGAAGAAAAGAAUAGAAGGCACAAGGUUUUGUAAUGUGACACCAGCAGUGGACUCAUUUCAAGUGAAAUGUUUUGAUUUUCAGUUUUUCGUUCACCUCACAGACAGAACAUGCUCCUGUAGAGCUUGGCAAUUAACUGGCAUACCGUGUUGUCACGCAAUUUCCUGCAUCACUUUCAUGCGACACAAUGUCAUGAACUAUGUCGAUAACUGUUAUAAGAGAGCACAGUACUUAAAGGCGUAUGAGUUUUCUCUCCAGCCUAUUAAUGGACCGAACAUGUGGCCAUAUGCGCAAGGAUUUCCUAUAAUACCGCCUCCAUAUAGGAAAAUGUCGGGGCGACCAAAGAAAAAUUGA